GCACCAUACAAUACCCCGUCUCGGAGCUUUGGAUAUUCUCCAUACCAAGACAACUGUGAGGAUUAUUAUGAACCUCAUGGUGAUCAAGAUGAUUAUGACGAACAAGGGCCAAUGUACGAUGACCAGCUAGAUCCACUUAUUGAAGAGAUUUUGUGGACUGAGAAAAGAAUACUUUAUCUUGACCUCGCAUUAGUAAUGGAGUGUUCAUUAUUUGAACCACGCUAUUGCCGUGAUUACUCUCUGACUCGUGAAGAGCAAAUUGAAGCAAACAGAGAUGCAAUCCAGGCGAGAGAACAAUUUCUCAAAACAGUCCAAGAAGAACGCCAACUGCUCCAAACCCAGAAAGAUAACGAACAACGCGAAUAUUGGGAGCAUAUGCAAAAGAUGCUGGAGGACUUUAAGAAGGCUAUGGAACAACAAGAAGAGAUGGAGGAAAUUGUUGUUCUAGAAGAGGAUGAAGAAUCUGAGACAGAAUCUGAAACUGAAUCCAACAAUGUCUCAAUUCUUGAAUAUCCACAAACUCCAUCACCACUGUAUAUCAAAAAUAAGAUAACACUUGCAGAAAUGAUUGCACGAGGUACAGUGGUGAUGCUUCCUGAAAGCCCAAAAAGUCAAAUCGUACGAGAGGUGAAGCCUACCGAGGGUUUUGUCUCGGAAACGCCUUCACCCGUUGCACCAGAAACGUUGGAGGAACCUGUCCUCCUAACAUGUGUUGAAGACACUUCUCCAGAGGAACCUGUUCUGGAGAAAUUAGAACCCAUCACCAACCCUUUUGAUCAUGAAGACUCAGGGGAAAGAAUUGCCCUAAUCAUCGAGCCACCAACAGAAAGUCAGCCCAUUGGGGACUUAGAAAGUCAUGUACUGGCGAUUAAGGCCAAUGAUGUGGAUAAACCAAGGAGACUCACACCACCACCCAUCCAAAACGAGUCUCCUCCAUUUUUCCUGUUGCCACCACGCUGCAGGAAUGAGUCAAAGAUCCUGGACUUUGACUACAAAAGAACAGAACAAAGGUGGCAUCAGAAGAGAGUCAAAAAAAAAGGUCAAAUUUUAUGACUCUCGGAUCGUCCUUUUUUAUCAAAAAAAUAUAUUAAAAUGUCGAGAGAGACUGGUAGAAGGUCCGUGAAUAUGGGCGCCGUGAACCGAAGUUCGAGGAAAGGCAAAGCUAAAGCCACGCGUCUACCGUUAACUCUAAACGAGGUAUUGACGGGAAAAGGACGUGCCUAAUGCUCUGCCGCCUCAUUUUGGACGGAAAAAAGACCAAAAGUUAAGGGGUUUAACAAAGUUGAGCCUUAAGGAGUACUCCCUCUGUUCACCAUAGAUAUUCCCAGUCACUAUUUACAGGGUCAAACUUCACUUACUUUGUUUGCUCGUUUUUACUAGUUAUUUCAUAAAAUAAUAUAGUUUUGUCACCUCUAGUUUUGUAGAAUUUUUCAUAUAGUUUAUUACUAUAUAAAUUUUAUUUUAAAAUUUUACUCCUAUAAUCAAUUAAAUUGAAUUAAAAAUAAAGUCAGUCAAGCCACGUUACGGGAAAAUCUUUGGUGGACGGAGGGAGUAUUAUAUUAGGGGAGAUGUCAAACUUGCCAAGAGAGGGAACUAGGGAAGAGGGAACAAAGAGUAUUGGGCCAAAUUGGUUGGAAAUUGACCCAAUUGUUUUAAAAUCGGAAAAAAACAAAGGGGCUGCCAAGAAUUAUAUCAAAACAGCCGCCUCACGUCUCAGGAGCCCAGUGGAUUAUGAGCAGCGAAGGAAGGGAAGUCCGGCGUUGAAUUGGAGACUCCAACUUCGUGUGUACCUACGGAAAAGACUCCCCCCUCCAACUCUACAGCGGGCAGCAGCGAGAGGCCAGGGGGGAGACAGAUCGGAGCAGAGGACAGAAGAACCGGCCUAGGGUUCCGACCCUAGGUCCGGCGACGGCAAGGUCCGGCGUGGCGUUGACUCCGGCGAUCAUGGCUUCAGGCUCCGGUGAGGCACUCUGGCGGCAUCAGGUCCCGUGCGGCAGCAAACGGAAACAGAAACUCAGGGAGCAUUUUUGUUCCACUUUUUUUAAAACUUUAUGUCUUUUUGCUGAAAGGAUUCCAUAUUUAUUUAUUGUCAAUCUAUGAGUAUGAACAUCCCUUCUCUAAUUACGUUUAUUUAUAGUUUCAAUUCUUUGUUUGUUUAAUGUUUAAGUUAUACUAGAUUCGUAUCCGUGCGUUGCACGGGCAGAAUAAUUUGUUAAUUGUAAU